AAGGGCGUGGGAGAGCGGAAAAAAAUUGCGGGCUCCACACAAGAGAAAACCGCAAACACCCCGUUAAACCUCCACGGUGACUGCAUACGCCGGCGCUGCUGCCUCGCACAACUUCGAGGGGGAGCUGUCCGCGGCGAGCGAAGUUCGGCAUCUCCUUCUCGCCGCUCCGUGGCGGCGAUGCCACCUCGGGCUAUCAGCAUAAAGGUGGCGAGGGAAGAAGAUUUGUCCUCACACAUUGGAAACGAUGGCUUCUAUUUUGAUCUCGUCGACUUCGACAGGGUGAGGGCUUUCCAGAUCCCGGAUAACACGACUAUGUCCCGAUUGAAGGAGGAAAUUGCAGUAGAGUUCAGCAUCCCAUCUCAAUUUCAGCGCCUCUGGUUGUUUUGUAAAAGGCAAAACGGGACAUGGCGUCCUGUUAGGCCAUUCUCUACCGAAGAAAACAAUCUAUCUAUGACUAGCCUUCAUAAACUAUUGUCAAGGACCUUCUUGUUCCUGAAUCCUGAUGGUGUGAAGCUGUUUUUGGAGGUGCUCAAUGAUUCUUCCCCACAAAAUCUGAGCAACGAUGAUGGAUUAGUGUUUUUAAAGCUUUAUGACCCAGAACAAACGCAGAUACGAUAUAUUGGAAUGCUGUUUGUAAAAGCUUCAUCAAGGCCUUCAGAUAUUCUUCCGAAACUAAGAAGUCUAGCUGGUUUUUGUGCAGAUGAGGAAAUGGAAUUAUAUGAGGAAAUCAAAUUCGAACCUUCUGCCAUGUGUGAAGCCAUAGAUGCCAAUAUUACAUUUUCAGAAAGCCAGAUUGGGCAUGGGGAUAUCAUUUGCUACCAGAAAAGCUCGAAGUCUUUGAGCCACCAUGCAUACCCUUCUGUUGAAAUAUUCUUCAAGCGUAUUCAUGAUUUGAAGGCAGUUGUUCCGGGGGAGCAAAGGAAGAUAUUAGCUCUGGAAGAGGAGGUUGCUAGGUUAAAACAUCAGUCUGACCUUCAAACAGAGAAGGCAAACAUGGAAUGCCAGCGAUUUAAACGUGAGCGAGACAAUGCGGUACGACAGCUGAAUGAGCUGCAGGAUCAGAAUCCUCAGAUUUUCCUCGAGUUUCCCAUCACAAAUUUGCUGCAAGCAACGGAGAACUUCAGUGACCUGUGUAAGGUUGGAGACACCGAAUAUGGACGUGUAUAUAAAGGCAUUAUACACGAUACUACAGUAGCUAUCAAGCUAUCCAGAUCUGAUAUUUUAUUUCAACAAGAGGUUUCUAUUCUUCGUCAAGGCAGACAUCCAAGCAUUGUCAACUGCAUUGGAAAAUGUUCUGAAGUUUCAGCUCUUGUGUACGAGUGGUUGCCAAACGGAAACCUCCAAGAUCACAUUGUUUGUGCUAAUGGCUCUACACCUCUCUCGUGGCAGAUCCGCACACAGAUCAUCGGUGAGAUUUGUUCUGCGCUGCUGUUCCUGCAUUCGCGUGAGCCUCAUGCUUUGGUCCAUGGCGAUCUACGUCCUUGUAACAUAUUUGCCGACGCCAACUUCAGAAGCAAGAUCUGCAACUUUGGUAUGUUAACCCUGUUUCUCCAGCCCGGCAACCACCAACCAGCUCUGACAGCCAGGUUGCCAUACCUGGACCCGGAGUUCCUCACCACCGGAGAGCUCACACCCCUUUCUGAUGUCUACUCUCUGGGUGUUAUCAUCCUGUGUCUCUUGACUGGAUUGCCUCCCUUGACUAUUGCAAAGAAAGUUUCAGAAGCAUUGGAGAAUAAUAGCUUGCACACGCUGAUUGAUAAAUCAGCAGGGAACUGGCCUUAUGUACAAGCCAAGCAGUUAGCCGUCAUUGGUCUUAGCUGUGUGGAAAUGACGAGGGAAAAGCGACCUGAUCUCUUAACAAAGGUAUGGCCAGUUGUUGAGCCCCUUAUCAGGAAGCCUCCUGCAGCCCCAUGGCCAUAUGUCCAAUCGGCAGUUACAGGAAGUUCCGCGCCUGGCCACUUGAUUUGUCCAAUUCGCAUGGAUAUUAUGAAGGAUCCUCAAGUGGCAUCUGAUGGAUUCACUUACGAAGCAGAAGCCAUAAGGCGCUGGUUUGAUGGCGGGAACAACAGGUCUCCGAUGACGAACUUGCCGCUAGCAAAUCGUGAUCUCGUCCCAAAUCGCGCCGUCCUCUCUUCCAUCCAGGAGUACCAUGAACAGCAGAGGCAGCCAGGUUCCUGAACCUCAAUCUUCUGACGACAUUAGGGCAAUAGGGCUAUAUGUAUAUGUAUAACUUGCUGCGUAGGUAUCCUGUACAUUCGCGACCAGUUUACCUCUAGUCGAUCUUGUUAUGUUCACAAUCUGUAGCAUGACGAACCAAGGAUUGAUCUUGUUAUGUUGAAAAUCUACUAAUUAAUUCCGUUUGGAAUUCGCAA